AUGCCUCUUUGUGGUGGUGGUCAAAAAACAAUUCAAAGAAAGAUUGUCAUUCUUGGAGAUGGUGCAUGUGGUAAAACAUCACUUUUGAAUGUCUUCACCAGAGGUUAUUUCCCCCAAGUCUAUGAGCCUACAGUGUUUGAAAAUUACGUGCAUGAUAUAUUUAUUGAUGGUCAAUCAGUUCAAUUGUCCUUAUGGGAUACAGCAGGACAAGAAGAGUUUGAUAGGUUACGAUCUUUAUCAUAUUCUGAUACCCACUGUAUUAUGUUAUGUUUUUCUGUUGACUCGCCAGACUCACUUGAAAAUGUUCAAAGUAAAUGGGUAGGGGAAAUUGCAGAUCAUUGUGAAGGAGUCAAGUUGGUAUUGGUGGCUUUAAAGUGUGAUUUAAGAAACAAUGAGGAUAUAGAAGACCAGCAACAAUCAAAUCCUUAUUCUUCUCAAAAGAGAUUGAUUACAUAUGAAGAAGGGUUAGCUGUGGCUAAAAAAGUAGGGGCCUUGCGAUACUUGGAGUGCUCUGCUAAAAAGAACAAAGGUGUUAACGAAGCAUUUUCUGAAGCUGCGAGAUGUGCUCUUAAUGCUAAACCAAAAGGUGCCAAUGACAAUGAACCGCAAAAGAAAGGCUGUGUAGUUAUGUAA